GACACUAUCAGUUUCACAGUUACCAGUCGAUAUGAGCGGCUUUAGAGGGGUUAUGAAAGAGGGCUGGCACCCUAAAGGCCGGGAAGGGAAGAAGGAAGGCUGGAGGAAUGAUUUCAAAGGCAUUAAUCAAGUGGCCGGAUGGAUGGGCAAAGGAAAGGACAAGGACGAGCGUGAAGAGCAUGUCGCCGUACCACUCUCAUCCUUGAAGGAUCCUGCCUCUUUUGGACCACCACCGAAGCACAUCAAAUACCACGGCGCCGGAGCGCUCCCGAACGAACUCACACCUGAUCGGAGAGGCUUGGGCGCCCCCUUAUCAGGAGAUCAGAUUCAACAGCAACACGCACGACAGCAGGAGGAAGAGCAAGCUCGGAACGAAGAGGCUCAGAAGCCAGCAGCGCCUCCCCUACCGUAUCGAGUGAAUCGGACAGGACUAGAUACCGCCAACCUACCGCCGCCCCCAGUCAGGCGCGUGGACUCUCCGGCGGACUCUGUGACAUCUGCAAGCUCCAAGCCAAAACCCAGUGUUCCACCUCGACUUCCGUCCCGGGCCAGCUCAACACUAUCCUCGCAGCCGCCCACUCCGCCUCCCGCCUAUUCCACACAGCCGUCAACAACCAAACCUCUUGAAGGAUACCUGAAUCAGAAUGCCACAUCUAACCUCUCUCGGUCCGGUAUCUCAGUGCCUGCUCUCGGAAUCGGGAGUGAUAGCAGGCAUUCCGGCGCUGCUUCGCCACCAACUGCGGGCCCAGUUGGUCAAGCUCCGGUCAAUGAGCUCCAGUCACGCUUUUCUCAAUUGAGAACUACAUCCUCCUCCCCAGCACCUCCUCCACCAGCACGAGGGAGUACGUACGCAAACGAAUCUUCGACUGUUUCUGCCACUCACGCACGGAGUGGUUCUGCGUCGCUCAACGACUUUCGCGAGCGACAUGGGGAUAAAAUCGAUGCCGGCAAACAAAAACUAAACGGACUCAAUGAGAGAUACGGAAUCUCGCAGCGGGUUAACAAAUUCUUCGAUGACCAGAAGUCCCCAAGUGCUCAGGUGCCCCCGGUGCCCCCGCACCCGGUUGUGCAUCGUUCCUCGUCAAGCAUCGACUCCUUGGGCCAGAGAAAGGCUCCGCCGCCGCCACCUCCAAAGAAGGCGGGCAUGCGAUCAACGCCUGUCAAUAGCAUGGGUUCUGCGCCGCCGCCUGUUCCGUUUAGCACCAAACCCCGCUGAUCGAAGGGUGACUAUCAU